AUGGAGGCGAAGCACAGCAGCCGUAAUCCUUUAACGGGAAGGGAAUACAGCUCCCGGUACUUUACUCUUUUGAAAGGGCGCGAGCGGCUCCCUAUUUUUGCAGCCAAGUCGCGUAUUCAAAAGCUGGUGAGUCAGUAUCAGACGCUACUUCUCGUUGGAGAGACAGGCAGUGGAAAGACAACUCAGGUUCCUCAAUACAUUUUGGAGCUCAAUCCGGAGCACGGAAUUGCUUGUACGCAGCCGCGGCGUGUCGCGGCAACAAGCGUGAGUGAGCGCGUGGCUGAGGAGAUGGAUGUUGAGCUAGGCGAGGAGGUAGGGUACUCUAUUCGUUUCGAUGAUAAGAGUUCUGAGAAAACGCGGCUGAAAUACCUGACAGAUGGUAUGCUUCUGCGCGAGGCGAUGACGGAUCCGCUGUUGAGUCGCUACAGUGUCAUUGUUCUUGAUGAAGCUCACGAGCGCACUGUAUCGACAGACAUUUUGAUCGGCACCUUGAAGGAGCUUCUUCCAAAAAGACCAGAUCUCCGCAUUGUAGUGAUGUCUGCGACCCUCGAAGAAAAGCGCUUUCAGGAGUAUUUUUCUGAGGCACCGCUUGUCCAUAUUUCCGGCCGUAUGUAUGGUGUUGAGGUGUACAACUCAAAGGCACCUGAAGCUAACUACGUGGAAGCGAGCAUUCGCACAGCAACGCAGAUUCAUCUGUACGAAGGCGAGGGCGACAUCCUUAUUUUUUUGACUGGUGAAGAUGAAAUCGAAACGACUGUGGAGCGGCUGCAAAGCGGUAUCAGGAUGGCAGAGCACAGCAGUGCCAACUGCCACCACGGCCCCGUUGCAGUCUUGCCUUUGUACUCCGCCCUACCCCCGUCGCAGCAGCGGAAGGUGUUUCAGACAGUACCGGAGGGAACGCGCAAGAUAGUUGUGGCGACAAACGUGGCCGAAACCUCAUUGACGAUUGACGGUGUUGUUUUUGUGAUUGACUGUGGCUUUUCGAAGCAAAAAGUUUUCAAUCCAAAGCUUCGAGUGGAAUCGCUGCUUGUUACACCAAUUAGCCAAGCGAGUGCUCGACAGCGCUGCGGUCGUGCCGGGCGUACCAGGCCGGGAAAAUGCUUCCGACUCUAUACGGCAAAAUCUUUUCACUCUUCUCUGCAGCCCAACACGUACCCUGAAAUUCUUCGUUGCAACCUCGGGAGUAUUGUUUUGCAUAUGAAAAAAAUGGGUAUUGAAGAUUUGGUGAACUUCGACUUUGUGGAGCCGCCGGCGCCUGAGACGCUGAUGCGCGCGUUGGAGUUGCUCAAUUACCUCGGCGCGCUGGAUGACGAUGGCAAUCUGACGGAGGAGGGGAAUUUUAUGUCAGAGUUUCCGGUCGAUCCGGAAAUGGCAUCAAUGCUUUUUCACAGCCCUAAGUUUGGAUCUUCUGAGGAUAUUGCACGAAUUUGCGCUAUGCUGUCUGUGCAAAAUCCAUUCAUUACUCCUUCAAAUGACCAGCGAGGCCGUGCAUUGCGGUGCCGCGAACAGUUCUAUCAUCCAACAGGGGACCACAUUUCGUACCUGAACACCUUCAAUGUGUUCUACGAGAUGAAGAACCAGAGCUCCUCUUGGUGCACCGAGAACUACAUCAAUCCUCGGGUUAUGAAGCAAGCGGUGAACAUUUACCGCCAACUUGUCGGAAUCUUGCGACGUCUAAAUUUGCCUAUUUGCAGCACGUACACAGCGCAGCAGCGGCGUGUGCAGGGUCACGACGUUCCAGCGGAGUUGGAAUUUGCAAACGAGGUGCGCCGCGCCAUAGUGAAAGGUUACUUUACAAAGGUGGCGCUCUCUCUUCCGACAAAGCACCAGUUUAUGACGCUUAAAGACGAUGUUAAAUGCCUUCUUUUUCCAUCGACAUACCUGAACCGCCGCCCCAAAUUUGUGGUAUUUAAUGAGCUAGUCCUGACGAGCAACACGUAUAUUAGAACGGUAACAGCUGUCUCUGAAGACUGGCUGAUCGAGUCGAGCCCUUCGUAUUUCGCCCAUGAUGAGUUCGAAGGGAUUACGAAGCAGGUUUUUGAUGAGGUUUUCCGAAGGCAAGGGAAGGAGAAAGAGCGUCGUUCGAAACGAACACGGACACCUAGUGAUGACUAG